UGUUAGUUGCAAUCGAUCGGUUCACGUGUACGGUGGUAUUGGUAUCGAAUGUAAAAAUUAUUAAUUAUAUGAUCACAUUUUUUAUCAUAAUUUUUAGUAAUAAUUGUAAAAUAAUAAUAAUAACAACAUUAUACAAUUUAAUUAUAUGUAUAUAAUAAAUAAUAAUUAAAAACUAUAAUACGUACAUACAUUUAAAAAACUCUAAGUCAAAACUUUUCCUAAAACCAUGAUGAUUCGAAAACCUCAGGAAGUCAAAAAAUUACAUAUCCCUUGAAAUUCAAAUUAUAGAGGUUCCACUGUAAUUAUAAGGAACAUUAUAUUUACAAACCUAAACUGCAAGAAUUGAAGAUUUUUAUCAUUUCUCUAUACCGAAAUAAUUUGAAAAUGUUUGUGACGUUCGCGGGUUUUGUCAAAAUUUAAACUUCAAACAUAACUGUAAUUGUAAAUAAUGUUUCACUUGUCGCAUAUAAUUAUUUUAAAAGUAACAAUAAAAACUUUAGGUAGAUACUUAUAUCGACAAUUCUAUUGAAAAUGUGAGAAUAGUGUUUUCAAGAUUUCACAAUAAAAACAGGGGAAAGUAAGUGAUCGCUUGAAUCAUGAUUGUAUGCACUAUGCAGUAUGUGUUGACUGUUGAGUACCUGUACUGGCUAUUCAGAUAUACCUACUUAUAAAUAUACCUGAUGGUGUUACAGCAAUUGCUAUUGGUAAACUUAAUUUUAUGAAAGAUCCAGCAAUUAUUAUUGGUGGUAAUUGUUCGAUUCAAGCAUUUGAUUGCAAAGGUAAUGAAAUAUUGUGGACGGUAACUGGUGACAAUGUCAGAUCUAUUAUUGUUAUGGAUAUAGACUUGGAUGGAUCUAACGAGUUACUUGUAGGUUCUGACGAUUAUGAAAUUAGAGAAUUUAAAGAUGAUAUAAUUGUAAAUGAAAUAUCUGAAACUUCAUCCAUUUGUUCAUUAAUUAGUUUUUCGAUUGGAAGAUUUGCAUAUGCAUUAGAUAAUGGAACUGUUGGUGUAUACGAUAAAUUUCGGCGUGUUUGGAGAGUUAAGUCAAAAAGUUCAGUGAAUUUCCUCGAAAAAUAUGAUUUAGAUGGAGAUGGAAAAGAAGAAUUAAUAACUGGAUGGUCCAAUGGAAAAAUAGAUGCACGCAACUCUAUAACUGGAGAAGUAAUUUUCAGAGACGUGUUAUCUAAUAGCAUUGCUGGUGUAGUUGUUGGAGAUUAUAUAAGAGCCGGGAAAUGCCAAUUGAUAGUAGUUUCGAUUACUGGCGAAGUUCGAGGAUACGAUAAUACAAGUUUAAAGGUAGAGUCCGGUGUUCAAACAAAUGUUAUUCAUGAUCUUUUGCAAAAAAGACAAAUACUCAUGUCAGAAUUAAAUAACUAUACUAAAGCAUCUAAUGAAGGUCAGGGAAUUCCAGGAGACACUCGGCUCAUUACUGAAAUAUCGGUUUCAGAAAAAACUAUCGAACCGUGCGUAUUACUUACGUUGUCAACUAACAAUUCAAUGAUUUUAAAAGCAGUCACAAUAUUUGCCGAAGGUAUUUUUGAAGAUGAAACCCAUGUCGUACAUCCUGAUAGAGAAUGUACUUCAUCUGAAUUGAAAAUUGCUUUAUUACCUCCGAAAGAUAUACUCCUGGACAUUCAUAUUCGAGCUUUUGUUGGAUCAUGCGUGGAUAAUGAUCAAUUUCACGUUUUUGAACUUACCCGACAAUUACCAAAAUUUUCAAUGUAUUUAUUAGUUUCUUUUCCAGAAAUUGAAGAUAUUCCCGAAAGUUUUGUCAAAUUUCGUUUAGUUGAAAGAGUUCAAAGACUGGAUUUAUGGCUAAGUCAAAAUUUUAUUGUGCCUCAAAAAACUCCUGUUAAAACCAAUGGUCAAGACUUUUGGAAAGUAGCAAUAAGUUCGUUAAGAGAUUCUUCUCUUACAUGUGUGACAUUUGAAAAAGAAGUGAUGUCGAUAUACUCAGUGAAUUUAAGCCUUACAGCCGAUAUUGUACAAACUCUAGCAUCAUAUCUUAACCUCGAUCAAAUUGAUUCUAUAGCAGAAUUUCCCAAAGUUCUCGAUGAUUUAUGGGAAAGUAUACAAAGUGUUAAGACUCUCCAGCAAAAUGCAGUUAAAUUAAAUGCUUCAAUAGCCGAUAGUUCAACUUUGUUGAAAAAUCUUAUUGUUCAAGCAGAAGACUUUCGACUUUUAGAUGACACGUCUAAUAUGGAAAAAUGUCUGAACGAUAUAUUUCAUAUCGAUAAACAAAUGAUUCAAAAUCAUCAAGUUACAUGUGAAAAUCAUGAUCAAUUAUUAGUUACACUGAAAAAAAUAAAUAAUAUUAUACAGAAUGCUUCUCGACUUAGAGUAAACAAUAACAGAACAGAUACAAUAACUUCUUAUCGACAAGCUGUGGCUUCAGAAAAUAUGACAGUUUUAAAAAAAUUAAUAGAAACUGGAAAUAAAUAAGUGUUAAUUUAAUUUAAAACUAAAGAGUCUCGACGACAUUUACAAUGGCAUAAUUGGAUUUUUUUUUUUAGUUGUAAUUUUUUUUUUUUUUUUUUUUGAUAAUCUGUAUUAACUAAUGACUAUAUUAAAAUUAAGAACUACCUACAUAUUAUGUUAAAAUAAAAGUUAAAAUGAUAA